UUUCCCACACUGGCUACAUUCUUCAACUUUUGUUUCAAGUUUUACAUUUGACGUUGUGCCUUGGUGGCUUUCUGCCUAUAUUGCAUUAUUUUUUCACUGUUACUGUAUCUGUGUGUCCGUCGGCAGAAUGUUCACGACCACGGGGUCACGGGGAAUGUAUAAAGCGCCCCUGUCCAAGAGUCUGCUGCUGGUGCCCUCUGCUCUGACCGUGCUGCUCACCCUGCUCCUCCCCCAGUACCAGGGCCUGUUCGAAUACAACCUGGACGCCAUCACAGACGACCACCAGGUGUGGAGGAUAGUGUGUGGGAGGGUCAUCUGUUUGGACCUGAAGGACACCUUCUGCAGCGGCCUCCUCAUCUACAACUUCCGAAUAUUCGAGAGGAGGUUCGGCUCCCGAAAGUUUGCCUCCUUCCUGCUGGGGACGUGGGUUCUCGGUGCGGUCGUCGACUUCCUGUUGGUCCAGGCCCUCCACUUCCUGUUUGAACUGGAGGUGGACAUGCUGCCCGCUGGCCUGCUGGGUCCAGUCUUCUCUCUCUUCGUGCCUUUCUUCAGCUCCAUCCCGCGGGUGCCCGUUACCCAGCUGCUGGGCCACAUCUCCAUCACCAACAAGUCACUCGUCUACAUCGUAGGGCUUCAGCUGCUGACCUCCAGUCCCUUCAUGUGGGUGAUCGCACUCAGUGGCCUGCUAUCGGGCGUACUGUACCAGUGUAACGUGCUGUGGGUGCGGCGCGUGCUGGCGGUGCCGGGGUGGCUGGGCCGGGCCGGGUCGCUGGUUCUGGAGCCCCUGCUGGAGGGCAGCGAGCCCACGGCGGAGGCCCCCCUGGGCAUGGGAGCCACGCUGGACGUCCAGCGCCAACAGAGGAUGGACCUCCUCGACCAGCAGAUGCUGCUCUCACAACUGUCUCAGCUACGCAGGAACAACGCAGCACAGCAACAACAGGGGGGUCUGCUAAACUGGAGCCGUCUCUUCCCGACGCUGCGGCAGCGAGGUCGUAACGCCGCCCCUCCCCCGCCCCCCGCGGCAGCCGGCCCCCAGGCCAGACGACCUGAACCCAUCAUCCCCUCCGCACCCCCCGCAGAAAACGCCCCCGUCACAGAGGAACAGGUUGCCAGGUUAAUGGAGAUGGGCUUCUCCAGAAUGGAUGCGCAGGAGGCCCUGAGGGCAUCCAACAACGACAUCAACAUGGCAACCAACUUCCUCCUCCAGCACUGAGGGAUUGUGGGUAAGGCUAGCUAGACAGGCAAGGAAGAAGAAAAGAGCCAGAAUGACUGAAAGAAAGUCAAGAGUGAAAGAAAGAAAGAAAGAUGCAAAGGAAGAUAGAAAAGAAAAGAAACAAAGGAAAGGAAGAGUCAGAAUGAAUGAGAGAAAGUAAAGUAAAAAACGUGUCUGUCAGAAAGACAGUGUAAUAAAUAAAUAAUAAAGAAUGUGUACGAAAGGGCAAACAAAGAAAAGAAAGAGAACAAACAAACAAACAAAGAAACAAAAGAAAGGAAGAAAUGAGUAAGUAAGUGGGAGGCCAGACACAGUUUAAAUUAAAAAAAGACAGAGGAAAGGAUGUGUGACCGGCCCUUAGUCAAGCGUGCUGCUACUACACAGGGGGGUAGGUACUGUAAGGCUGUAGCAGCUCAAACAUACAGCACAGGAGGCUCUGCUGGCUGCAAUAGGAGCCUGUGGAGAGGGCACCGUGAUGCUUCGCACUGGCACUGGAGCGCAGAGCAGUGCAGACGUGCAGCCGCUGCCAAAAGAAGAGGCUGCGCUCAAGGACGCCACCUGCUGGAAGCUGGAGGAAACGUCACAAAGCCAAGCAGCGCAAAAAAAAAACAGGGAGGGAAAACUUGAGAAAGCAGCGUUUCUCAGGGCUUGUGUUAUCUCUUGCGCAAUUUCUCCCCCUCUCUCUCAUACACACACGUUUUCCCAUGCGAGAUGCUUCUCUCAUCUUUGUAUCUCAGUUGAUUAGCUAUGGUAGGUCUAGACUGAAUACUGACAAAACAAUUUAAGGACUUUGUUUCCAUUACAAAAUUGGACACUUGCAGAAGAAAUAUGUGUGGACAGCAGCACUGUAAUGAAACCGGUGAUAUGUCAAGUGUUUUGUCCAUGGAAGAAGCUUAAAAGUGUUUAUUUUAUUUUUUAUUUUAUCUGAUGAACAGCAAAUGCAUUCAAUGUGAAGUCAAGCAUUUCUGUGUAGACAUUAAUUAUGUGUAUAUUUUGUGUAAUGUGUAUAUAGGAAAGAAAUAUGUCUCUAUGGAUUAAUUGAUUGAUUUGUACAAAC